CUUCGCUUUCAAAGGUAGCAUUUUUGGGGAAGGUGCUGCCAGACUCUGGCAACGCAGGAAGCCUGCCCUAUAUGGAUAUGUCUCUAGAUGAAAUUAUAAAUCUCAGAAAGAUAGGAAACGCAAGCACUGAAGAAAUAAAGAAUGAGAAACAGAACCAUAGAAAAAAUAACUCGGAUUCAAGAUGGCAGUCAAGCUCUCCUAGGCACCAGGAGCAGAGAGAAUAUUCAGGAUACGGAAACAACUUUGAAGAAAGAAAUCAUGAUGAGGAACCACAUCAAGAACCUUCUGGAUUCAAUUCUGGACAAAGCCCUUUAAAUGGGCAGCCUUUAAUUAACCAGGAGGAGUGCAAUGACAUUUAUAAGGCCCAAGCAGAGAAGAAUCAAGGCCAAUCAGAGGGCAGCCAGCAUCAAUCAGAAGGAAAUCAAGAUGAUUGUGAAGGAUCUCAGGGCCAACCAGAAGAAAAUCAACACCAUUCAGAGGGAUCCCAAGGCCACUUAGAGAGAUCUCAUUGUCAAUCAGAGAGAUCUUAUGGUCAAUCAGAAAGAUCUCAUGACCAAUCAGAGAGAUAUUAUGGUCAAUCAGAAAGAUCUCAUGACCAAUCAGAGAGAUAUUAUGGUCAAUCAGAAAGAUCUCAGGACCAAUCAGAGAGAUAUUAUGGUCAAUCAGAGAGAUAUUAUGGUCGAUCAGAGAGAUAUUAUGGUCAAUCAGAGAGAUCUCGUGGCCAAUCAGAGAGAUAUUAUGGUCGAUCAGAGAGAUCUCGUGGCCAAUCAGAGAGAUAUUAUGGUCGAUCAGAGAGAUAUUAUGGUCGAUCAGAGAGAUAUUAUGGUCAAUCAGAGAGAUCUCGUGGCCAAUCAGAGAGAUAUUAUGGUCGAUCAGAGAGAUCUCGUGGCCAAUCAGAGAGAUAUUAUGGUCGAUCAGAGAGAUAUUAUGGUCAAUCAGAGAGAUCUCAUGGCCAAUUAGAAAGAUAUUAUGAUAGAUCAGAGAGAUCCUAUGACCAAUCAGAGAGAUAUUAUGGUCAAUCAGAGAGAUAUUAUGGCCAAUCAGGGAGAUAUCGUGGCCAAUCAGAGAGAUCUUAUGGUCACUCAGAGAGAUCUCAUGGUCAAUCAGGAAGAUCUCAUGGCCAAUCAGAGAGAUAUCGAAGAUACUCACCAGUAGGAAGAAUCCAAACAUCACCCAGAAAUGAUUCUGAAUGUUACAGGGCUUUUGUGAUGAAUCAAAGGAGUGAAUACUACAAGAAACAGAUGGAGCAAAGAAAUGAUCAAAUGAAUAUGAACCGAGGGCUAACACCAGAAAAUGAGCACAACUACGAUGAAAAUGAUAGAAGCUCUGAAAGAUCCAUGAAACGUGAAGUUAGAGAUUUAUUCCUGACAAGUAAAUAUGCUACAGCCAAGAGUUCUCCGUAUAAGCCCAAAGGAAUAGACAUGAAAUUCAACUAUCAAGCACUGGGCAAUCAGACUAAACUUUCACUCAAUGAGAGAUUCUCUAAGCUGAAAGUUAAAAGAGCAACAUUCAACAUCUGAAGACCUAAAGGUCUGCUGUUAACAGGGAGAUUGUAGUGAAUUAUAUUCAAUAGCAUAUAUAUUCUUUCAGUAUUGAACUUUUUACUCUUCUUGUGAAAGUAUUUUUUCCUUAUGUAAGUUUUAAUAUAAGUAAUUUGCCGAAACUAAAUGUUUACAUGGAAGAAAAAAAAUGUUUAACUUUGUUUGCAUAAAAGAACAGGAAAGUGAGCGAGAAAGAUGACUUUGAAUGAGUGAUUUUAGAAAAACAGCCAUAUUUACAGAAUUGUAUGUCUUUUCAACAUUAGAGAAUUUGUUUAAUAUAAGUAAUAUGCCAAAACUAAAUGUUUACAUGGAAGAAAAAAAAAUGUUUAACUUUGUUUGCAUAAAAGAACAGGAAAGUGAGCAAGAAAGAAGAU